AUGGAUAAUCAUGAUACUAGUAUUUUAUUGGAAACUUUGGGUCUUGGAAGUCGGUUUUCGACAAACUGUAAAAGAAACAAUAAUCAAGAAGUGAUGUUCAUGUAUUGCCACUUACUCAAAGAUAUUCUAACACACAUGUCAUACACAAAUAAAGAUCUCAAUGAUAUGAUUGAGUUUCUUAAGAACGAGUACAAGGAUAAUGAAGAGCAGAUUAAGAAAAUAAACAAGCUUGAAAAUGAGUACUUGUCCAAAGAAGCACUCUGGUGGUAUACAACAGAGCCAUUUAUUUAUCGAACACUUAAUAAUGCGUUGCGCACGUAUGACAUUGACAAGUUGUAUGCGAUGCGUAUCUUCAUCAGGGAUUUAAACAAAAAGAUCAUGGAAAUACACAUGGAUGCAAGAAAAACAGCAGUUCUGAAGCUCUACCGGGGUCAACGGAUACCACGUGUUGAUUUUGAAAAGAUCAAGACAAAUGUUGGGGGAUUAUUAUCGAUCAAUAAUUUUCUUUCUACUUCCUCGAAUUCUACUGUCGCUGCAAUGUAUUCGGGAUGCAUAUCAAAUAACAACGAGCACGUAUCGGUGAUGUUUGAAAUUACUGCUGAUCCAAUCAAAUCUCCUAGUGCUGCCUAUGCUAAUAUCCAACAAUAUAGUAAUCAACACGAUGAAGAGGAAUUUCUCUUCACCAUGGGUAGUGUGUUUCGUAUCGAAACUAUUACAGAGUGCGAUGUGGAUUGUUGUUGGCAUAUCAGUUUGGUAUUAACAGGUAAUCAUGACGAAGAGUUGAUGGAUCUUUAUAACUACAUGCAAUCAAAUAUGCAACAACCAGAUCUAGCAUAUCUUGCUCAUCUCUUUCUUUCCAUGGGCGCUUUUGAGAAGAGCAUAGAGAUAUACAAGAAAGUAUUAGCAACACCGAACAAUAUAUUAUGUACUUCCGGGUUAUACCAAGAUCUAGGAUGUGCAUACGCUGCUCUGGGAAACUAUGAACAAGCGCUAAAGAACAUCGAACUAGCAUUGAGCUGUGAACGGCAGUUGAACUUGAUGUCAACGAAUAGGUGGAAUAUGUACUACGUGGAAGGUAUGGCCGCAUAUAUCCAGGGAAAGCUUACUCUUUGUCAGGAAAAAUUGCAAGCAGCGCUGAAUAUUUUGCUGGAUUGCAAAUCUGAAGGAUAUGAAGAGCCUUUGGUAAUGGUGAAUUUGACGAUUGGAUGCAUCUUUUUUUAUUCGGGGCUUUCUUUCGAAGGUUUUCCCUAUAUUGAAAAAGCAUACGAUACUGCACGCAAACAUCUUCCAUCAACACAUCCAAUGAUAGGUCAGUGUCUCCAACUAAUGGCUAGUUUUAAAUUUUUGGAAUCAAGCGUCGAUGAAGCAUUAGAGCUACAAAAAAAUGCAGUAGGACUAUUGGAACACGCAUUGCCACCCACACACGUGAUAAAUGCGAUAUGUCAAUCGACAUACUCAUUAUUAUCAUCUGACAGUAGUAUUUCAUCGACCUCUCUGAUACCAGCUCAAUGCCUAGAACGCCUGCUUAGUAUUGUGCAAAAACAGCAGUCAGGUAGCAAUUGCACACCAAUCGAGUUACACAGUCAAAUUAGAGUUUAUCUAACCCAAAAUAAAACUGAAGAAGCAAUAUCAAAAGCUCGUGAACUUUUAAGGAUUCAAAUAGCAAGCCUUCCGCCGAAGCAUAUUGAUAUAGCUGGUACGCAUUACAUUCUUGGCAUCUGCUUUCAAAAAUCCGAUUUGUCUGAAGCCUUGCAAAACUACUAUAAAGCAUGUGAAAUUUUUGACGGAUACCCCAACAAAGCAGAAAGAUGGCUAUUAUUGAUUCUUCCUCGGAUAACAAAGAUGCUAAUAGCGCGACGUGAUAAAGAAGGAGCACUGACUGCAUAUAAAAAAUGGGAGACGGUGGAACAGAAGUGUCUGCAGUUUCCAGAGUCCUUAUCUAGUGAAUGGGACCAUAUUCACAAAUAUGUAGCUAAUAGCUAUCAUGAAAUGGGCUUACUAAAUGCCCAGAAUAAGCAAUACUGUUUGGCUUUGUUGAACUUGAACGAAUCUUUAAAAAUACAGAAAAAAUUGCUUUAUCCGAUUUUUCGAGUACGCCUGUGA